AUGGGUAAUAUGGCGGACCAGCAUAUGAGGAGGGAGCAUGAGAAGCAGGAGGAGCUGGAGGAGCAGGAGGAGCAGGAGGAGCUGGAGGAGCAGGAGGAGCUGGAGGAGCAGGAGGAGCAGGAGGAGCAGGAGGAGCAGGAGGAGCAGGAGGAGCAUGAGAAGCAGGAGGAGCUGGAGGAGCUGGAGGAGCAGGAGGAGCUGGAGGAGCAGGAGGAGCUGGAGGAGCAUGAGAAGCAGGAGGAGCUGGAGGAGCAGGAGGAGCUGGAGGAGCAGGAGGAGCUGGAGGAGCAGGAGGAGCAGGAGGAGCUGGAGGAGCAGGAGGAGCAGGAGGAGCAGGAGGAGCAGGAGGAGCAUGAGAAGCAGGAGGAGCUGGAGGAGCUGGAGGAGCAGGAGGAGCAGGAGGAGCAUGAGAAGCAGGAGGAGCUGGAGGAGCUGGAGGAGCAGGAAGAGCAGGGGGAGCUGGAGGAGCAGGAGGAGCAGGAGGAGCUGGAGGAGCAGGAGGAGGCAGGUGUGAAGCGUCCCUCUCAGUGUGGCCUUGCUGAGCAGUAA